GCCCCUCCCGCCAUGGCUUGCCCGCCUCCCUUCUUUACUGGCCGCUCGGUGGGCACGGGGCGGGUCGCCGCGGCGCCGGGAGGACUCUGGUCAGGCUCCGGGAAGCUCGGAAGGCGCUGAGCAGCGGCGGCCGCUCAGAACUGAGAUCACUAGGCUCUUCAGCAGGCGAAGACACAAGAGUUUGUGUUGGAUGACUGCCUGCAACGUGAGGAAGGACAGUCGCUUGCACAUCCCAGUGGAGAAGAGCUACCUGGGUCAGGUGGAGGCAACAUGGGCCCCAGGGGCAGGCAGAGCCCCUCAGCCACACUGGCCCCCUCCCAGGGGUCUUGCUUCUUCAUCCUCUUCUGCUUACGGUUAGGUGCCUCCUGCCCACAGGCCUGCCAGUGCCCUGACCAUGCUGGGGCCGUGGCUGUCCAUUGCAGCUCAAGAGGGCUGCAGGAGAUCCCUAGGGACAUCCCAGCCGACACGGUGCUUCUGAAACUAGACGCCAACAGAAUCUCCCGAGUCCCCAAUGGAGCCUUCCAACACCUGCCUCAGCUGAGGGAGCUGGACCUGUCCCAUAAUGCCAUUGAGGCCAUUGGGCCAGCAGCCUUCUCAGGUCUGGCUGGGGGCCUGCGGCUGCUGGACUUAUCCCACAAUCGCAUCCGAAGAAUUCCAAAGGACGCCCUGGGCAAGUUGAGUGCCAAGAUCCGCCUGUCCCACAAUCCACUGCACUGUGAGUGUGCCCUGCAGGAGGCCCUGUGGGAACUAAAGCUGGACCCGGACUCCGUGGAUGAAAUUGCCUGCCACACCUCAGCGCAGGAGCAGUUUGUGGGCAAGCCGCUGAUCCAGGUCCUGGACUCAGGUGCCAGCUUCUGCAGUACCCACCGGAAGACCACCGAUGUCGCCAUGCUGGUCACCAUGUUCGGCUGGUUUACCAUGGUGAUUGCCUACGUAGUGUACUACGUACGCCACAACCAGGAGGAUGCCAGACGACACCUGGAGUACCUGAAGUCCCUGCCUAGUGCUCCAGUCUCCAAGGAGCCUCUUAGCCCUGUGCCCUAGCACCCACCUCCGGUGGGCCACUGAGCCUGGCUACCCUGUCUUUCUGCAGCAGGUGGAGGUGAUGGUGCUCUUGUGUCCCCAGGGAGGUGCAUUGCAGCUGUUCAGCCCAAAAAAGCACUUUCAUAGUUGGUAUUUGGUCCCUGCAGCCACUGCCUAACACUGUAGCGGGGGGAGGGGGGUUUGCCCAUCUUAAUGGGUAGGUAAAUGGAGGUCGAGAGAAACGGAACUCCUUGCCAAGGCUGGCUUCAGCUGCCACUUAAACCCAGGCUGUUUGUGGUAUAGGUCUGUGAGCCGUCUGAUCUGCCAACCUCCCUUUCCCACACCAUGCUGUGGGAAGUAAAUACUUGUGCACGCAAGGAUGGGGGCCCUGGCAGGGAGGAUGGCGCCAGCAGUUUUGCCACCGGGGAAUGGCUCAUUUCUGUUUACCCCUGCUCUCCCAGUACAUCUGAACACAGAGAUGUUUGCCCUUUCCCAGAGCAAAGUACCGGCAAUCUAGACCUUUCCAGAGAGGUCAGUGCAAAGUCCAGCCUGCACUGGUCUGCUCUGACCUUUGUCCUGGGAGUUCUUUAGUUGCCCUUGUGCCAAAAUGUCAGUCCAUCGAGAGGGAGAAAAUGGAGAAACGUGAGAAAGGUCCAGCAUGGGCUCACCAUGGCCGUGUCAGCUGCUAGACCACUUAUGGGCUGCCUCAGCUUCUGCCACUUCUAUCCAUUCCUGGGCAGUGGAAACCUGUCAACCUCGGUGGCUCUUGUGCCUUGCUUUCUACUGCCAAUAUCUAAAGCAGCUGUUUUUUCAGAAAGAGGAGGGACUGAAGUUUGAGGUUGCCAUGCCAGUCAACAGGAACUGCUUUUCUCUAGCAACAAGAACCUUCUCUUCACCUCGCUGAAAUCCCAGAGCUCACUGAUCAACUUUCUUACCUGUAAUUACUUCAUCUUCAGGGGUAGAUGUUCUAGCCACCUAACUAGACUUGACUUCCAGUUUUGUUAUUUACUGUCCUUUUGUAUAAGUGUUUAUACCCUAAGCUAUGUCGUCAUCGAGUAUCUGGGAGAAGUAAAUGAGCAUAGUGUGUGUGUCUGUGUGUGUGUGUGUGUGUGUGUGUGUGUGUGUGUGUGCUGAGUAUAGGGUCUAGAUGCCGCUCUGAGCAGAAAUUGAAUGUGGCUUCUGUGUGUGCUGGGAAUUUUCUUGUGAUCUGCAGGGGCAAGGUGAGACUAUGUUGGGGGCCUGGCCUGACUUGGUCCUUACCGUCAGUGUGACCCACAGUUCUGUCACCAUGUGACACACUUGCCUGAGGCUACAUGGCUGUCAGCUGCAAAAGUAUAUGGAAGAGAAAAACACUCAUGAAUUCCAGACUUUCCCCACUGCUGAAUGCCCACACCUACAUGGUGACCGUGGGGCCACCAUGCCUGGCAUCUGCAGGGUGAACAGAGCCCUGGAUGAGCUCCCAAGCUGUCCACUAUUCUUCCACAGCCCUGGGCCAAGCUACACUGUCUUCAGGGUCAGACCCUGGCGGAGCUAGUAGGACCAUUCCCAUUCCCAUGAGAAUUGGAACCUCGAAGCAGCCUCCUUAGGGACACCAGUCAACGUUGUGAUGCUGCCUGGCCCCCAUUGGCACAGACAUGCUCAAUACCCAGUACCCAGUUAAGUGUUCAGAGGAGGCAGGUGCUGAGGGCUGUAUGAUUUGGACCCUGGAGGGUGCUGUGCCAAGGAAAAGAGGUUAAAAAGCCAGAGCUGAGCCAGGCAGUGGUGGCGCACGCCUUUAAUCCCAGCACUUGAGAGGCAGAGGCAGGCAGAUUUCUGAGUUCAAGGCCAGCCUGGUCUACAGAGUGAGUUCCAGAACAGCCAGGGCUACACAGAGAAACCCUGUCUCGAAAAAACCAAACCAAACCAAACAAACAAACAAAAAAAAGCCAGAGCUGAGGGCUUGGAUUAAGGACCAGGUACCACCCUGGUGCUGUGGCAGUGCUGAAGUAGCUAUCUAUGUAUGUCCCAUGGACAGGGACACCUCUAGCCUGACACAUACUCUGGGAGGUGCCAGUGCAGAGGGUAUGGCUUGCAUUCCUAUUACCAUGUGGUGGGGACGGUAGCUGCUUCCAGGCAGGGGCACAAGUUGGGAGGUAGCUGGCCCCUGCGGCCUUUCUACCAUCCUACUCAGUAGAGGGACCCUGUUUCUGGAGCUUGCCACUAUCCAGCAUGUCUGUCCCAUCGACAAAACCAGGUCAAAAAAGAACAUGGGUGGAGGCCUGGUGGUGAAGUCUGUAGCUGCUCUUGUCCCAGAAACACCCUAUUGGGUCUUUUAGAUACACCGGUGUAGGUAGGGCUCCGUCCCAGGCUGCUCAACCCACUGCCAGGCUUGCUGCUCUUAACCUAGGGCUUAGCCCUACCUGGUUGCACAUCUAUACAGCUCCUGCUCAGCCCUUGCUGGAAAGAGGAGAUGGGAGACUCAGGAGAGUAUGGACCCUGGAGAGAGCAUGCCCUGUCCUCCUAUAAGGAGGACCUCAGAGACCUCAGCACUCUCCUGCUCAUCCAAGCUUCCAACCCUGCUGCCUCAGAGUCUUAUCUCCCUGUCGUCCCAUUCCAUGUCAUUCAUUCAUGUAUAUAGAUACCCUUCCCUUCCUUCCCAUGACCAACUCACAGGCUAAGUGUAUGAGGCUGGAGCCUCUGCUGGAGACUUGCAGAUGUGGAUGGUUGCAUUGAAACUGUCUUUCUCCCUGGAUCCCACCUGCUUCCACCAGCUUCACCUUCCUUCUCUCCUUGAAUGAGAUAUUCUCCUCCCCCAACUCUGCACAGACCCUCUAGAUCUCCAGGACUCUGGGUCAGUCCUCCCCUACUCUGCGCAUCUCCACCCCCACCCCACCCCGACUUGAGUGUUCCUCAGGCACAGUGGGCGGGGUUUUUUUUUGUUGUUUUUAUUUUUGCCACAUGGCUCAGUGUCCUGCCCCAUCCUCACCCCCAUCAGUAUAAACCUAUCAUCCCAGGUCCCACCCACUGGCUCCUUUGGGCACUUUCCCUCCCACUAGUUACAUGUGAUUGCCUAAGACACGGUUUAAAUUGAAAUCCUUGGGUGGGGUUAGAGGUUGAGGGGUGGUAAGUCACAGACUGAGAUGGAAUGUUCUGAGCCUGUGGCAGCUCUCAGGACUAGGACUAGGCUCCUAGGAUGGCUUCUAUGUUGCCUUUCUUGGAAGCUCAGCCCCGAACCUGAUUCUGUCCUCUCCCAGCCUCUCUGUGAGCCCUCAAUAAAACUUUUUGUGCAGGAAA